UUUCUGUUGACAGGAUCUCAUCUCUGCUCCUAUGAUAUUACUCCUCCAAGAUACACAAGCCAUUCAGACAGAUCCACGAAAUGUCCCAAACUCCCUGUUCCUCCGAGUAAGUCUGUCCCACUGUUGCACCGCUGUGUUCCUGUGGAUAUCGGCUGCUAUGCUGAGUUCGCCCAGGCCUUCAUUACGUUCGUCGGUGACAACAGUGUGCUGCGCCGGGUCAUCGCCGGGGUGAUGGCCAGCAAGGAGAUCAUAAUGGGCCUUUGUUUGCUGGCUUUUGUUCUGUCCCUGAUCAUGAUGGUUGUCAUUCGUUACAUCUCCAAAGUGCUGGUCUGGAUUAUAACGGUCCUGGUAGUCAUCGGCUCUAUAGGCGGGACGGGCAUCCUCUGGUGGCUCUAUGCAGACCACAGGAAAGCCCUUGAUAAUAAUACCUUAUCGGUGUUUGGGAAAGAAGUGGCCUCAGACAACGUUAAGGCCCUGCUCGUGUAUGCAAUUGUUGCUACCAUUUUCACGGUGGUUCUCCUGCUUGUGAUGUUCUUCAUGAGGAAGCGCGUGGCUCUCACCAUCUCCCUGUUCCACGUGGCUGGUAAAGUGUUCAUUCACCUUCCCCUGCUGGCCCUGCAGCCCUUCUGGACCUUCCUCUGCCUCAUGCUCUUCUGGAUCUACUGGAUCACUGUGCUCCUCUCUCUCGGGACUUCAGGGACACCGGUAAAAAACAACUCUACGGGUGUUGUUGAAUACCAAAUGCAGGGGCCUCUCCAGUACUUGGUGUGGUAUCACGCUGUGGGUCUCAUCUGGAUCAAUGAGUUUAUACUCGCCUUCCAGCAGAUGACUAUCGCCGGAGCUGUAGUCACCUACUACUUCACAAGGAAUAAGUCCCAGUUGCCAGCAACUCCCAUCCUCUCCUCCAUGGCACGUACCAUCCGCUACCAUCUUGGCACUCUGGCCAAAGGCUCCUUCAUCAUCACGCUUGUUAAGAUCCCUCGUCUCAUCCUGACGUAUAUCCACAGCCAGCUCAAAGGAAAGGAAAACGCUUGUGCUCGUUGCAUGCUGAAAGCUUGCGUCUGCUGUCUGUGGUGUCUUGAGAAGUGCCUUGUGUACUUAAAUCAAAAUGCUUACACGGCGACAGCCAUCAACAGCACCAGUUUCUGCACCUCCGCCCGUGACGCUCUCCUGAUCCUGGUGGAGAAUGCCCUCCGAGUGGCCGCCAUCAACACCGUGGGCGACUUUGUCCUCUUCUUGGGAAAGGUGCUUGUAGUCUCCUGUACGGCUUUCGCCGGCGUCCUGGCUCUGAACUACCAGAGGGAGUACACUGUGUGGGUCCUGCCUCUCCUCAUUGUCUGUCUGUUUGCCUUCCUGGUGGCUCACUGCUUCCUUUCGGUCUUUGAGAAUGUGGUCGACGUUCUCUUCCUCUGCUUCGCUGUGGACACAAAGUACAAUGAUGGCAGCCCUGGACACGAGUACUACAUGGACAAGGCCUUAAUGGAAUAUGUUGAGAACAGUAAGAAAGGGCUGGUGAUGGCGAUGGAUGGCGAUGGAUGGGAGAUGAAGUCCAUGGUGAGUCUUUGUUGUCUUUUCAACAGUAUUCAUGUAUUGAAGCUGUUUUAGUUCAGCUAGAAAGCAAAUACAGAAUAUUCUUGGAAAUGUUAAAAGAAAUACACAGUUAACUGGGUUAAUGUCCCAUUCAGAGCAGGUAAAUAAGAUCAAGUUGUGUGA